GUCUACUGAGAGAACAUAGAUGGCAGUGAAUGUCAUCGGUAAAAAUUUAAGCCACGCAAUCAUGAGUUAAAUAUUCUGUGAUUCAUGUUUUCAACUGUUAAAUUAACCAAAAUUAACAGCUGAUAUAUUUGAAGGUUUAUUUACACUUAAGUUUCACAUACACUUGAAGAUGUUUCAAAGCGACUUUACUGCCUCCGGGUGUCUUAUAUUAAGUGUUUUCCAAUUAUUUAUGACACCCGUCUUCACCCAAUACCAAGGAGCUUCCCAUCAACACGCACAACAAGCCGUUCCAUAUGGUCAACCCGGUCAGCCACCAGCACAACCUCAGCAUUAUGGUCAACCAGCACAACCAGGUCAAAAUUUAUUGCACGAUAAAGCUAGAAUACAAGACCGUGAACACAUCAAAGAACAUUUAGGAGGAAUCAUUGGUGAUCCAGAUUUAGGUAAAAUGUCUGAGGAGGAAUUGCAAUUUCAUUAUUUCAAAAUGCAUGACAGUGAUAACAACAACAAGCUGGAUGGCAGUGAAUUGAUUAAAUCUCUGAUUCAUUGGCAUGUUGAGGAACACAAACAUCUUGGCCAAAAUGCACCACCCGGUGGUACAACAAAAAUUUUUACGGAUGCUGAAUUGUCCAACAUGAUUGAUCCUAUUUUACAAAUUGAUGACCGUAAUAUGGAUGGUUUUAUUGAUUAUCCAGAAUUUGUGGCGGCUCAAAAAAGUCGAGGUUUUUAGUCAAUUAUUUUUUGUUUAUUUCUGAGAAGUAUUAAAAACUCAAAUUUUAUAUUUUUAA